AUGCCUAGAGCCCUGGCCUAUAGAGGUUUAUAUGACAAACAUAAUCUUACCCUGGGCAUCGUGGCCUGCCAUUUUGUAAAUGAACUUAUUGAGGACAGAUCAGGAAUAUUUUUAAGGGUAUCUUGCAAUAUAUUCAGAACUCUCCCUCCUAGUGACAGCAACGAAUUUGAUCCAGAAGAAAAUGAACUUACCCUUGAGGCAUCAUGGCCACACUUACAGCUUGUAUAUGAAUUUUUCAUCCGAUUUUUGGAAAGCCAAGAAUUCCAACCUAGCAUUGUCAAAAAAUAUAUAGAUCAGAAAUUUGUAUUACAGCUUUUGGAGCUAUUUGACAGUGAAGACCCUCGGGAACGGGACUACUUAAAAACAGUCUUACACAGAAUUUAUGGCAAGUUUCUUGGUCUUAGAGCAUUUAUCCGAAAACAGAUUAACAAUAUUUUUCUAAGGUUUGUUUAUGAAACAGAACACUUCAGUGGUGUAGCUGAACUGCUGGAAAUAUUAGGAAGUAUUAUCAAUGGCUUUGCUUUGCCUCUUAAGCCGGAACACAAACAGUUCCUGGUGAAAGUGUUGAUCCCUUUACACACCGUCAGGAGCUUAUCACUCUUCCAUGCCCAGCUGCCGUAUUGUAUAGUACAGUUUCUGGAGAAAGAUCCUUUACUCACAGAACCAGUUAUUAGGGGUUUAAUGAAAUUUUGGCCUAAAACAUGUAGUCAAAAAGAGGUCAUGUUCCUUGGGGAGCUGGAAGAAAUAUUGGAUGUGAUUGAACCUUCACAAUUUGUUAAAAUUCAAGAACCUUUGUUUAAACAAAUUGCCAAGUGUGUAUCUAGCCCCCAUUCUCAGGUGGCAGAGAGGGCACUCUGUUAUUGGAAUAAUGAAUACAUCAUGAGUUUGAUAGAAGAAAACUCUAAUGUCAUCCUUCCCAUCAUGUUUUCCAGUCUUUAUAGGAUUUCGAAAGAGCAUUGGAAUCCGUAG